GGAGCCCUGAAACCAGUACAAGACACCAGCUCAACGACUGGGUGGCAUUAAUGGUCUUAACCCCGACAGGAGCACUUGUUAAAGUGUGGCAGAGUUAAUCAGAAUCACUUUUCAUCAUGGACCCAAACGCCAGCGGACUCGCCAUGAGGUUGGCCGAAGCCGGCCAGUCUCACCUCCUGCAGUUUUGGAAGAAGCUGAGCCCCGAGGAGCAGAGCGACCUGACCGUUGACCUGCAGGGGAUGGACUUUCAGGAGAUCAAUGGGUUCUUCAAGAAGGCCAUGGACACGUCCAGCAGCGCCAAACAGGAGAAGCUGGACGCCCGCAUGGAGCCGGUGCCGCGGGAGGUGCUGGGGAGCGUGACGAGAGACAAGGAGAGACUGAAAGACUGGGAGGAGGCAGGUCUACACUGCAUCUCUCAGAGUAAAGUGGCGGUCUUGCUGCUGGCUGGGGGCCAAGGAACCAGACUGGGGGUCUCUUACCCCAAAGGCAUGUACGACGUCGGGCUGCCGUCCCACAAAACCCUCUUUCAGAUCCAGGCCGAACGCAUUUUGAAACUGCAACAGCUGGCUGAGCAGAAGCACAAAAUCAAGUGCUGUAUUCCCUGGUACAUCAUGACCAGCGGCAGGACAAUGGGGUCCACCAAGGACUACUUCUCACAACAUAACUAUUUUGGCUUGGAGAAGAACAACAUCAUCUUCUUCCAGCAGGGCAUGCUACCAGCCAUGGACUACAACGGCAAGAUCAUCCUGGAGAGCAAAGGAAAGCUCUCCAUGGCUCCUGAUGGUAACGGGGGUCUUUACAGAGCUCUGGGUAACCAGGGCAUCAUCGAUGACAUGGAGAGGAGGGGGACUGAAUUCAUCCAUGUGUACUGCGUCGAUAACAUCCUGGUCAAAGUGGCAGACCCCUCCUUCAUUGGUUUCUGUGUGAAGAAGGGAGCGGAAUGUGGAGCUAAGGUGGUGGAGAAAACCAAUCCGACGGAGGCGGUGGGUGUGGUCUCUAAGGUGGACGGGCAUUAUCAGGUGGUGGAGUACAGCGAGAUCACCCUGGCAACCGCUGAGAAGCGCAGCGAUGACGGCCGACUGAUGUUCAACGCCGGAAACGUGGCCAAUCACUUCUUCAGCUUCUCCUUCCUCAGAGACGUCGUACAGAAGUACGAGCCUGAGCUGCAGCACCACGUGGCCCAGAAGAAGAUCCCGUAUGUGAACGCGGAGGGUCAACUCGUCAAACCCGACAAACCAAAUGGGAUUAAAAUGGAAAAGUUUGUCUUUGACAUCUUCCAGUUCGCCAAGACGUUUGUUGUCUACGAGGUGCUGCGGGAGGACGAGUUCUCCCCGCUGAAGAACGCAGACAGCCAGGACGCAAAGGACACGCCCACCACAGCCAGACACGGCCUCAUGUCCCUCCACCACCGCUGGGUGCUCAACGGCGGGGGCCACUUUAUCGACGAGAACGGCAGACAUGUGCCGGCCAUACCAAGAGACGGAGCAGCAGGCAGUUUCACAGAUGAUGGCAACAGAAACCUGAAGGAUGGAACAGACCUGCCAAUCAAGUGUGAGAUCUCCCCGCUGGUGUCCUACGGGGGAGAGGGUCUGGAAGAGCUGGUGAAGGGACGAGAGUUUCAUCCAAACCUGUUGAUCGACGAGAAAGGAGUCCACGAGCUGGUGAAGAACGGAGUUUAGACGAUGAAGGCGAGGGACAGAGGGACGACCCAAAGACCAACCUCCCUUUGUCUCUGGUGGGGGGGGGGAGAAACUGUGACGACAUCACUGUGCAAUAAUGUCAAACGUCGCGUGCACGUGUUGUUGAAAGAGGCCGUCCUCUCCAACAAAAUGAAUGAACGAUCCAGAUGAAGUUUACUUGUCAGCGCCAUGUUUUUCACUGCUGUGUAUGUUUGACGUCAUACUAAGUUCAUGUUUGUUUAUGAAGAGCACUUGAACACAGCAUAAGAUGAAGGAUGAAAUCCCUGUCGCCCACCGACUGGAUGAAGCAGUCUUCGGGUGCAAUCUAUUUAUUUUGCUUAUGAGACUUAUUUUUAUAUGUACGGAUGGAUGCUCUAUAGGUGGAAAUGACCAUCUACUCAUUUUACCUGGUGAUUUUUAUACGAUGUCUGACUGAGAUGAUCAGAAAGAUGUUGCUUACUGGCAUGUAAUCGAGGUACAUGGUAUGGGGGAGGGGUAUUUAUAAUAUCUGCAUCUUUUAUGCAUGUAAUCAUUGAAGAUGAGAUAUUAUUCAGCUUU